CUCGCCAGCGCUGGGGACAGCAGAAGUGAGUACGUGAGCGGCGCAGCAAGAACCCAGCUCGGACCCCGGACGGCGCGCGCACCCGGAGUCCCCGAUCCGAGUCGGGCCCGCAGCAGACCUCUGGAUUACUGUGCACACCGAACUACCACCACUUGCGCACUCCCUCCCCGGGCCGCCUCCCCGAGUCCACUGGUUCCGAGCUCUCCAAGCGCCCCGGAUCCUCCAGGACCGGUCCGUCCAGAUUCCCCUGGGACCGACCUGCCCACAUCCCUCAGCAUCGCCCGGCUCAGGGCGCCGCCUCGGUCCCGGAGCCGCCUGCCUGGAUUGCACCCUCUCCUUGCCUGGAUCUCCUGGGACCACCGUGCGCGAGCCUUCUUCGGAGCCCGCCGAGCGGACCCUCCCGCGGGUGCCCGCAGCCCCGCCGGCGCGGCCCGGCGCGGCUCGGCUCGGCUCCCGGAGCCCGCCCCGGCCAUGGCCCGAGCCCGCCCGCCGCCGCCGCCGCCGCCGCCGCCGGGGCUCCUGCCGCUGCUCUCUCCGCUGCUGCUGCUGCCCCUGCUGCUGCCGUCCGGCUGCCGGGCGCUGGAAGAGACCCUCAUGGAUACAAAAUGGGUGACGUCUGAGUUGGCAUGGACAUCUCAUCCAGAAAGUGGGUGGGAAGAGGUGAGCGGCUAUGACGAGGCCAUGAACCCCAUCCGCACGUACCAGGUGUGUAACGUGCGCGAGUCAAGCCAGAACAACUGGCUUCGCACAGGGUUCAUCUGGCGGCAGGACGUGCAGCGGGUCUACGUGGAGCUCAAGUUCACUGUGCGUGACUGCAACAGCAUCCCCAACAUCCCUGGCUCCUGCAAGGAGACCUUCAACCUCUUCUACUAUGAGGCUGACAGCGACGUGGCCUCGGCCUCCUCUCCCUUCUGGAUGGAGAACCCCUACGUGAAGGUGGACACCAUCGCGCCCGAUGAGAGCUUCUCGCGGCUCGAUGCCGGCCGUGUCAACACCAAGGUGCGCAGCUUCGGGCCGCUCUCCAAGGCCGGCUUCUACUUGGCCUUCCAGGACCAGGGCGCCUGCAUGUCGCUCAUCUCCGUGCGUGCCUUCUACAAGAAGUGCGCAUCCACCACCGCAGGCUUCGCGCUCUUCCCCGAGACCCUCACUGGGGCUGAGCCCACCUCACUGGUCAUUGCCCCUGGCACCUGCAUCGCCAACGCCGUGGAGGUGUCAGUACCCCUCAAGCUCUACUGCAACGGUGACGGGGAGUGGAUGGUGCCUGUGGGUGCCUGCACCUGUGCCACCGGCCACGAGCCAGCUGCCAAGGAGUCCCAGUGCCGCCCCUGUCCCCCUGGGAGCUAUAAGGCGAAGCAGGGAGAGGGGCCCUGCCUGCCCUGCCCACCCAACAGCCGCACCACCUCGCCAGCCUCCAGCAUCUGCACCUGCCACAGUAACUUCUACCGCGCAGACUCCGACUCUGCAGACAGUGCCUGUACCACGGUGCCGUCUCCGCCCCGGGGUGUGAUCUCCAAUGUGAAUGAGACCUCGCUGAUCCUCGAGUGGAGUGAGCCCCGGGACCUGGGUGGCCGGGACGACCUCCUAUACAAUGUCAUCUGCAAGAAGUGCCAUGGGGGCCUUGGGACCGGGGGCACCAUGACCUGCUCACGCUGUGAUGACAAUGUGGAGUUUGUGCCUCGGCAGUUGGGCCUGACAGAACGCCGGGUCCACAUCAGCCAUCUGUUGGCCCACACGCGCUACACCUUUGAGGUGCAGGCAGUCAACGGUGUCUCGGGCAAGAGCCCUUUGCCCCCCCGCUACGCAGCUGUGAAUAUCACCACCAACCAGGCUGCCCCAUCUGAAGUGCCAACACUACACCUGCACAGCAGCUCCGGAAGCAGUCUGACUUUGUCCUGGGCGCCCCCAGAGCGGCCCAACGGAGUCAUCCUGGACUACGAGAUGAAGUACUUUGAGAAGAGUGAGGGCAUCGCCUCCACAGUGACCAGCCAGAAGAACUCCGUGCAGCUGGACGGGCUGCGACCUGACGCCCGCUACGUGGUCCAGGUCCGCGCCCGCACUGUAGCUGGCUAUGGGCAGUACAGCCACCCGGCUGAGUUUGAGACCACAAGUGAGAGAGGCUCUGGUGCCCAGCAGCUCCAGGAGCAGCUCCCCCUCAUUGUGGGCUCUGCAACGGCCGGGCUUGUCUUCGUGGUAGCUGUUGUGGUCAUUGCUGUCGUCUGCCUCAGGAAGCAGCGGCACAGCUCUGAUUCGGAGUACACAGAGAAGCUGCAGCAAUACAUUGCUCCUGGAAUGAAGGUUUAUAUCGACCCUUUUACCUACGAAGACCCUAAUGAGGCUGUGCGGGAGUUUGCCAAGGAGAUCGAUGUGUCCUGCGUCAAGAUCGAGGAGGUGAUUGGAGCUGGGGAGUUCGGGGAAGUGUGCCGGGGUCGGCUAAAACAGCCUGGGCGCCGGGAAGUGUUUGUGGCCAUCAAGACGCUCAAGGUGGGCUACACAGAGAGGCAGCGGCGGGACUUCCUCAGCGAGGCCUCCAUCAUGGGUCAGUUUGACCAUCCCAACAUAAUCCGGUUGGAGGGCGUGGUCACCAAAAGUCGGCCAGUCAUGAUCCUCACUGAGUUCAUGGAGAACUGUGCCCUGGACUCCUUCCUCCGGCUCAACGACGGACAGUUCACGGUCAUCCAGCUGGUGGGCAUGUUGCGGGGCAUUGCUGCCGGCAUGAAGUACCUGUCUGAGAUGAACUACGUGCACCGAGACCUGGCUGCCCGCAACAUCCUUGUCAACAGCAACCUGGUCUGCAAAGUCUCAGACUUUGGCCUCUCCCGCUUCCUGGAGGAUGAUCCCUCUGAUCCUACCUACACCAGCUCCCUGGGCGGGAAGAUCCCCAUUCGCUGGACCGCCCCAGAGGCCAUAGCCUAUCGGAAGUUCACCUCUGCUAGUGACGUCUGGAGCUAUGGAAUCGUCAUGUGGGAGGUCAUGAGCUAUGGCGAGCGACCCUACUGGGACAUGAGCAACCAGGAUGUCAUCAAUGCCGUGGAGCAGGAUUACCGGCUGCCCCCACCCAUGGACUGCCCCACAGCACUGCACCAGCUCAUGCUGGACUGCUGGGUGCGGGACCGGAACCUCAGGCCCAAAUUCUCCCAGAUCGUCAACACCCUGGACAAGCUGAUCCGCAACGCCGCCAGCCUUAAGGUCAUCGCCAGUGCCCAGUCUGGCAUGUCACAGCCCCUCCUGGACCGCACGGUCCCAGACUACACGACCUUCACGACAGUUGGUGACUGGCUAGAUGCCAUCAAGAUGGGGCGGUACAAGGAGAGCUUUGUCAGUGCGGGGUUUGCAUCCUUUGACCUGGUGGCCCAGAUGACCGCAGAAGACCUGCUCCGGAUCGGGGUCACCUUGGCGGGCCACCAGAAGAAGAUCCUCAGCAGUAUCCAGGACAUGCGGCUGCAGAUGAACCAGACGCUGCCUGUGCAGGUCUGACACCCAACUCCCACUGGAUGGGUGCCCUCCAAGGACUGUGCAGGGACUCUGACCAGCUGGCUGGACUUUUGGACUUUUGGAUGCCUGGCCUUCGGCUGUGGCCCAGAAGGUGGAAGUCUGGGGAAGGCCCAAGCUGGGACUUCUCCUCCAGGCCUGUGCUCCCUCCCCAGGAAGUUUGCCCCAAACCUCUUCAUAUUGAAGAUGGAUUAGGAGAGGGGGUGAUGACCCCUCCCAAGCCCCUCGGGGCCCAGGCCUUCCUGUUCUCCAGUGGGGGAUCCCCACCACCUCAGACUUGGCUGUUCUUCAGUGCUGGAGGUCCUGGCACGGUCAGGUGGGGAAUAAACCUGGGUUCCAUAGGGCCCAGCCCUGGCAGGGGUCUGGCCCCCCAGGUAGGCAGAGAGCAGUCCCUCCCUCAGGAACUGGAG